CCACCGCAUAAGGUUAAGAAGAGAGACAAAUUGAGACCGGCGUGGCGUGGGAAGGCAGCCAUGGCGGACAAGGACGAGGAGCAGCAGCAGCAGCAGCCGCUACACAUCCUCUUCUUCCCCUUCCUCAUCCCGGGCCACCUCAUUCCGAUGGCCGACAUCGCCGUGGUCUUCGCGGCUCGCGGCGUCAGGUGCACCAUCCUCACCACCCCCGUUCAGGCUUCCAUCAUCGGCUCCAUCGUCGACCGCGCCAACAGCAACGACGACCUCUCUUCCCAGUCGGUCCAUGUCGCCGUCGUGCCUUUCCCCGACGUCGGGCUCCCGCCGGCUGGCCAGCGCGGCACGGGCCUUGUAUCCCAGGAAGAUAAAGUGAAGUUCGGCCGGGCGGUGCAGCUGCUCCGGGAGCCCUUCGAACGGUUCCUGGCUGACAGCCAUGCCGACCUCGACGCCGUGGUCUCCGACGGCUUCUACCACUGGUCCGUGGACGUCGCGGCUGAAUACGGCGUGCCGCGUCUCAUGUUCCUCGGCAUGGGUGUGUUCGCCCGGUCCUGCUCCGAGCACGUGUUGUCGCAGGAGCAUAGGCACAACCCCGACGGCGACGAUCCUGAUGCCGUCGUGUCGCUGCCGGGUCUACCGCACGGCGUGGAGCUGAGGCGGAGCCAGAUGAUGAAGGAGCCGCACUACCUGGAGUUCUUCCGGUGCGUCUAUGCCGCAGGCCGGAGGAGCUACGGCGAGCUGUUCAACAGCUUCCAAGAGCUGGAGCGGGACAGCGCCGAGCACUACC